AUGACUAUUGCGUAUGCGUAUGUUGGCGGAAUUAAAAAUCUUGCAAACACAUGCUAUAUGGGUAGCUCACUUCAAAUUUUAUACAGGUAUAAACCAUUCGUUGACUUUCUUGAAAAAAAUCAAGCCAUUCCCGAAAUAAAAGUUUUAUAUGAAUUUUCAGAAUCAAUUCGAACUCAAUACAUAACAAAUCCAUCUCCAAUUAUUGAUGUUAUGAAGAUCAAUUAUACAGAACAGCAUGAUCUUACUGAAUUUUUUGCAAAAUUUGUCGAUUUUAUUAGUAAAUGCUACAAACAACCAGAGCCAAAUGAUUUUACGUUGUUGUUUACAAACAGCCUAUUCAUAUCUCAAGAAGUUCCUUUAGAUACUUUUAUAUUUCUGACAUUACCCGUUAUUGAAGAUUUAGACCUUCAACAACUCAUACACAUACAAUUAGAAUCAAGAAAAUCCAAAUUUCAUACAAAAUCAACGGAUUUAUUCUUAGUUCAAUUAAAUCGAAUGACUUACGAUAAAAAUACACGUUCUUUUCAAAAGAAUUGCAGUUUCGUUAUGAUCCCUAGCGAGCUAGACCUUACAGCCUUUGGUGGAGAAAAAUACCAACUCUACGCCGUGAGUACUCAUAUUGGAACUGGUUUUAAAGGCCAUUACAUCACUUAUGUGCAUGAUGCUGCUGGAUGGAUUGAAAUAAACGAUGAUUUGAUUACAGAACAAACAGAAGGAGAUGCUUUCAGUAAGUUUAAUGAUGGAAACAGAAAUGCUUACGUAAUUGCUUAUGUAACUAACAGAAACAAUAUUAUAACUCUUAGAGAUAAAGUUGAAAUGCAUUUAUCCCAGGUUGUUCCUAUUGAAAUCACUUCAUAUUCUCAAAAUACUUAUAAUCUUUACAUUAAAAUCUUCGAUUCAUCGACAAUGAGCAUCAAAGAAGAGCAGAAGUUCAUGCAAACUAAAGAAUCCGCUAUAGAAAUCAUCAAUUCCUACAGCGAAAAUUAUGAUGUUCAAUUUAGUAUCGACAACAAGCAUCUUUCAGAAGAUAUACCUCAUGAAUUCCUUUAUAACUUCUCAACAUUGUAUUUAUAUUGCCAAUCCAAGCAAAGGAUUUACAUGAGUGAUGUAUUUUUCACUCAACCUUGCGAAUACGAGUUUACAAUUUACCAGACACCUGUAAAAUUCCAAGGAAAGUUCCAUCCUAACCAAAAAACUAAUGAUAUGCUUAAAUUUGCCGAAAACGUGUUAUUUACCUAUUUAAACUUAAGAAAACAAUCAAUUACUUUGCUGAUAGUAGAUGCGUUGUAUGGAAAGACUUUGUUCUAUAAUGUUCCUGAUAACAUUCCAAUUAAAAAUUUCAGACAUUUAGUCAAAUCAAAUAGCAUCACAAUUGCCUUUUCCGAACUUUUGUGUCCUAAAAUUGAGCCAUUUAGAAUCAAAUAUUUGAAGAAACAUCGGAUUUUGACAUAUUUAGAAGAGAUUCAUUUUGAUUUCAAAGAGAUAAAGGGUCUCACGGGUUCUGAUAUCAUCACCAAUAAAUUUGGACUAAGGAAUUUAGAGUCUACGAACAUUUAUUACCUAUCAAAGAAAUAUACUUUGAUUCAAUGCACCGAUAAGACUGCUGAAGAGUUGUACAUGCUCUAUGUAUCACAUCCAUUGUAUUUAUCAUCAAAUAUUCCUGAAAAUGUCUUUGAAUGUUUCGAAUUUGACGGAAGAUACGUUCAGUUGCUUGAAAUAAACCGAGAUGAUACUCUUGGAACUAUCGUUAAUCGGUUGAAUACGGAAUUAAAAAUGACUUUUGCCUUAUUCUUCUCGAUCAACCGUGUUGACUUAAUUGACGAUCCCAAUUUCUCUGAUUUCUUUAGUCACCCGAAUGGAUGCUUUAUUUAUUCCAUUCAAUGUUAG